AUGAAAUUUACAUUACAAAAUUGGUUCUCAAACAAAGAACAAAAAUUUCUUUUUAGUGCUAUAAGUAUCUUUGCUCUUUAUGGUUUAACAAACUUUGUUUCUAAAUAUAGAAUCCAGAGAAAAUACGAUAAAUUAUGUGAAAGAAAAAGAGAUGAACUCAAAAGAUCUAUUUAAGAAUUUAGAUAAUCAUAUAACUUAUCUACAGGUUUAAGUGCAGAGUUAGAAAAAGAAAUACUAAAUUUCACUAUUGCAGAGGUUAAACAAAUUUUGUUUGAAAAAAAGGCAACAGUUAAAUAAGUGCUGUUAGUUUUUAUUAAUAGAACAUUGUCUGUAGCCACCUCAGACAAUUUGAAUCUAAUAACAGAUAUCAACUUUGUUGAAGCUUUAUAAGAAGCUGAGUAAGUUUAUAGAGUGAUUUAAUUAGGAAACAAGAUUAAGAAAUUUCUUAAGAUCCUUAAAUUAUCUAUAAAUAUGAUCUUUUUGGAAUACCUGUUUCAGUUAAAGACACUUACAUUCAUAAAGGAUUUGAUAACACUUAUGGAUUAGCAUCUCGAUUGUUUAAACCAGCUACCUAUGAUGGAAUCUAAGUUUCUUUAAUUAAGAAAGCUAGAGGUAUAAUAUUUGUAAGAAGCAAUUUACCUUAACUUGCUAUGACUUUUGAAUCUAUUAAUAGAAUUUUUGGAAGAUCUCUUAAUCCAUGGAAUAAGGAUAGAGCAGUAGGUGGGUCCUCAGGAGGAGAAGCUGCCUUACAAGCUGCUCGAUGUAGUGUUAUUGGUAUAGGAUCUGAUAUUGGUGGGAGUAUAAGGAUACCUGCUGCUUUUUGUGGAAUUUAUGGAAUUAAGCCAGGUAUUGGUAGAUAAACUGAAGUUGGAGAAGGGAUUAUUGAAAAAGCAGCUAGUGGAAUGAUUAAUAUAAGACCAUCAAAAGGUCCAUUAGGUCGUAGUGUAGAUGAUAUAACAGUAAUGUUGAGAGUGUUGUUUAAUUCUAAGAAUUAUUCUGAAUUACCAUGUUCAAUUUAAGAUCCUUAUUGGUAACCUUAAGAUCUUGAUUUUACUUAAAAUUCCAAUAAGGAAAAAUUGAAAAUUGGAUAUAUAGAAUAAUUUAAUGAUUUAUUACCACCUAAUUGUAUGAAGAGAGCUGUUAAAGAAGCUUGUUAAGCUUUGAUUAGUAAAGGACAUGAAAUAGUUUAGAUAAAUUUAGAGAAAGAAUUGGAACAUGAAUUAGCUGUUGCUUUUCCAAGGUUAGUAGCAGCAGAAGGAGGAUUUAAAUCUUUCGAAGAUAAUUUAUAAGGUGAAAAGAUAAUUGAAGAAUAUGAAUUAAUGGAGAGAGGAACUAAAAUUCCAAUAUUUUUAUAAACAUACAUUUUAGCACCUUUAUUAAAGUUAUUUGGAUAAAAAACUCUUUAUGUAAUGAGUAAAUAAACUCAUGGUUUAGAUGUUUAUCAAUUUUUAGUAAAUUCAGGAAAACAAAAAAGAAUGAACUUUUAAUUUUUAUAAUAUUUGAAAUUAAAUCAAAUUGAUGCUGUAAUUGUACCUGGAUUUGGUUGUCCAGCUGUUAAACAUGGAGCAUCAAAAGUAUUACCUUUAGCAGCGUAAAUCUUUAGUCUUUAUAUUUAUAGAUUAUAUACAUGGAUAUGGAAUACAGUUGAUGUUCCAGCAGGAAGUAUGCCAAUAACAAGAGUUUAAGAAGGAGAUGAUUUAAAAAUUUAAGGAAAGGAAAGGACUAUUGAUUUAGUGUAUAUUAUGAUGAAUCAAAAUAUGUAAAAUGCAUAGGGAUUACCAGUUAAUGUUCAGGUUAUUUCAUAUCCUAAUCAUGAAGAGAUGGUACUUAGAGUAAUGAAAGAAAUAGAAGGAGUUGUUAAAUUUAAUGAAAAACAUCCUUAUCCAUAUUGA